AUGGAUGAAAGUUCAUCUGUGCAUAAUCCCCUUCUUUUGAACCGAGGUUCUGAGCAUGCUGUUGUUCGGAAGACGCCUCGUUUUGUAAACUUGGCUAAAUGGAUUCUCAAGAUUGCAAUGUGGGGGCUUUUUGUUCCAUGGGUUGCUCUAAUGUAUGUGUUCCCAGCAGAAUUUGGGUUUAAACUUUUUGAGAGAUGGGUUGAGGCGACGAGUGGAACUCUUUUUGGGGUUUCAGGAAGCCUGUUCCUGCUAUUCAGUGGUCCUAUUCUCAUCAUUGCUUUCCUUUCUUUCGUGUUUCUGAUUAUCUCCGGGGAAGAGGAGCUCCCUGAGAAGAAGACUUCAAGAUAUCCGAGUUUUCGUUUAUGGACAUUCCCAGUUCUUGUGGAUGGACCAUUUGGUGUGGUUUCUGCUACUGAGGUUAUUGGGAUACUGCUGUUCAUAGUGUAUGUUCUAUGGGCAGUCUGUUUGUAUACUAUGCGUCUUCUCAGCUCGUUGUCUGAUGACUUGACUUUUAGAGUGAAAAGUCUUUUAUUCCUGGAAAUUUUGGGACUUCGUUUCGGCUUAAUUGGCUUGUUUUGCUUCGUCUUCUUGUUUCUACCGAUCGCACGAGGAUCAGUUCUUCUUCGCCUCAUAAAUAUCCCUUUUGAGCAUGCUACCAAAUAUCAUGUAUGGCUGGGACAUCUAACAAUGCUGCUAUUCACUGUCCAUGGCCUAUUAUACCUGAUGGCAUGGACGAUUGAGGGUCGUCUCCUUCAGCAAAUGUUGGAGUGGAAAGAUAUUGGCGUUGCCAAUCUUCCAGGAGUAAUCAGCCUUCUUGCUGGACUUUUGAUGUGGGUGACAUCAUUUGCUCCAGUGCGAAAGCUGAAUUUUGAAUUAUUCUUCUACACUCAUCAGUUAUAUGUCGUAUUUGUCGUCUUUAUGGCUAUGCAUGUUGGUGACAACAUUUUUGCAAUCGCUGCUGGAGGCAUAUUUAUUUUUCUUCUGGACCGCUUUCUUAGAUUUUGUCAAUCUAGAAGGGUUGUCGACAUAAUAUCAGCAAAGUGCCUUCCAUGUGGAACUGUAGAAUUGGUUUUUGCCAAACCUGAAAAUCUGCGGUACAAUGCCCUCAGUUUUGUAUUUCUGCAAGUUCGGGAGCUCUCAUGGCUGCAGUGGCAUCCUUUCAGUGUAUCAUCUAGCCCUCUAGAUGGUAAAUAUCAUAUGUCUGUGUUGAUAAAGGUUCUUGGGAAAUGGACAGAAAAGCUAAGAGAAAAUAUCCUAAAAGGCUCUGAGAAUGUGCCGUGCGGUCUUUCUACAAAGUUAACAGCUUCUGUUGAAGGGCCUUACGGGCAUGAGAUACCAUACCACAUGACGUAUGAGAACCUUAUCUUAGUAGCUGGAGGCAUUGGGAUAUCCCCUUUCCUGGCCAUCUUGAGUGACAUUCUUCAUUCUUAUAGGCAAGGAAAGCCUUGUCCACCAAGAAAUAUAUUGAUCGUAUGGGCAGUCAAAAGAUCAGAUGAGCUUCCUCUUCUCUCAACCAUUGACAUGGAAUCAACUUGUUCAUCUUUCUCUAAUAAACUGAAUCUUCAGACUCAUAUAUAUGUCACACGGGAAUCUGAACCACCAUUGGAAGAUGGUAACAUUCAGAGCACUGUCGAGUCUUCUCUUUGUCCCAUGUCCAAAGGGUGUGGUAUUUCUGUUUUGGUUGGAACUGGCCAUAAUAUAUGGUCUGGCCUGUACUUUAUCUCAUCUACAGCAGGCUUUGUCAUCCUUUUUGGGUUGUUAAACAUCUUCUACAUAAACCCUUUUCAUAUAUCCACAUGGUGGUACAAGGGGCUUCUUUUCACAGUCUGUAUGGUUGCAAGUGUUUUUAUCUUUGGGGGUUUUGUGGUUGGUUUAUGGCAUCUCUGGGACAUUAGAAUGUCUGCAAAGGAGCAAAGCAAGGAUGACAGGUUACCUUUUAACAAGGCAGAGCAUACAAAAGCGGUGUCUCACAACGAUUUGGACGGGAGAAGCCUUGCAAACUCAACGAGCAUGCAUUAUGGUGCACGACCAGAUUUCAAUGCAAUUUUUAAAACAGUAUCAAAGGAUUGGGGCAAUGUUGAUGUUGGUGUAUUUGUUUGUGGUCCUCCAUCUCUUCAAUCCAGUGUUGCUAAAGAAAUCAGAUCACACAGUGCGAAGAGAGAAUCCAUUGAUCCUAUCUUCCAUUUCAACAGCCAUAGCUUUGACCUGUAGCUUGCACCCUAAAUGUUUAAUUUAAGUAUUUAAUUGGCUUAGAAGGUAAA